AUGGCUCGGCCCCACCCCCACGCAGUCCCUGCGCUCAUUGGUCGGAGGUACGUCCCUCAAGCACGAGUUGUGCGCAGGCUCCGCCCCGCGCUGGGCCCCGCCCCAGGACGCCGCGUGAGGGUCGCACCCGACUGUUGGACGCGCGCGAACGCCCUGGGAGCCCGAGGCGGGGACGCCGGCAGGUCCAGCGCUGCUGGCCUCCGGACGCACUCGCGCUCAAUGCGCUGUCCCCGUCACCCCACACAUCCCGAGGACCUAGGUCGGCGUGUCGUUGCAUCCAGGCGCACACAAAGCCAGCGUGUUCACACAGACACCUUGCCCCACCCACUAACUGAACCUGGCAGUGAGCUGGACCGCCAAGCUCCCUUUGGUGGCACCCUGUCCUCCAUGAAGGGCAGUGGCAGGCUCAGGUCGGACCACAGAAACUUCAUAGAACAGGUGCAAGAGUGCAUGGACAAUGGCUACUUGCUCUCCUCCAAGAGGAUUGGCUCAGGGGCCUUCUCCAAAGUCUACCUGGCCUAUGCCACACAGGAGCGCAUGCAGCACAACCCCAAGCUGUCCUCCGACUUGCGGGGCAAGCACCACACCAUGGUAGCUAUCAAGAUUAUCUCCAUGGCUGAGGCCCCUGUGGAAUUCUCUCAAAAGUUCCUGCCCCGGGAGAUCUCAUCUCUCAAUGCUACCUAUAAACAUCUGAAUGUGGUACAGCUGUACGAGACCUAUCAUAACAGCCAGCGAUUCUACCUGGUGCUGGAGCUGGCAGCCCGAGGCGACCUGCUGGAACACAUCAAUGCUGUGUCCGACCACCGGUGCUGCCCAGGUCUGGAGGAAGAGGAAGCCCGAAGGCUCUUCUGGCAGCUGGUCGGCGCCGUAGCCCACUGCCACAAUGCUGGCAUUGUGCACCGGGACCUGAAAUGUGAGAACAUACUCCUGGAUGAUCAGGGCUUCUUAAAGCUGACAGAUUUUGGCUUUGCCAACCACUCGGGCCUCAAGAACUCACUGCUGAGCACCUUCUGUGGCUCUGUGGCCUACACAGCUCCAGAGAUCCUUAUGAGCAAGAAGUAUAGUGGCGAACAGGCUGACCUAUGGAGCCUAGGCAUCAUCCUCUAUGCCAUGGUGACCGGGAAGCUGCCCUUCAAGGAGAGCCAGCCUCACCGCAUGCUGCACCUGAUGCGCCGUGGUCCCAUCUUCCAGCCUGGCCUGUCUCCAGAGUGCCAGGACCUGAUCCGGGGACUGCUCCACCUGCGCCCACGUGCACGCCUGGAUCUGCAGCAGGUGGCUGCACAUCGCUGGAUGCUUCCUGCUGUGCGCACACUCUUCCGAUCGGUAUUGGGUGCCACGUCAGACAAGAAGCAGGUUCUGCAGGGCUGGGGCUCCAGUGCACCAAAGCAGGAAGCCCAGGAGUGA